AUGAUCCAGGGUUUCCGUCCGCACAGCGUGAUCGGCUCACUGAGCCGCCUCUCCACCACUCAACCCUCCCGAGUCUCGGUCGUCGCCUUUGCAUCCCUCAUUGGCUUUCUCCUCUUAUUGAUCGGUUACCACAACUCCUCUACGUAUGUCACGACAUGGUCGUCUGCGGUCUCGGCCUCGGCCUCGGAUCGAGGUACGAUCAGCCCUGCGCGGCAAAAGUCCCUUGAUGCGAUCCAGAACACAACGCUAGGGUUUGAAAAGAUCUUGGCCAUCAAUCUCCCCGAGCGGACCGACUACAGGGACGGACUGACCCUCGCCGGGGCUGUCUCGAACAUCAAAGUCGAAUUCAUAGACGGUGUGCAUGGAGACACGGUCCUCGACAAAGUCAUCCCGCCCAAGCAUGUCGACAACCCUGAAGCGGCACUAAGGGGAAGUUGGCGUGCCCAUGUCAAUGCUCUCAGAAGCGUGGUCGAGCAUAACUGGACGACGGCGCUGAUCUUCGAAGCCGACGUCGACUGGGACGUGCGGGUGAGGGAUGUGCUGACAAACGUGGCGCUGGGAUCUGAGGCCCUGCUCUCCCUCUCCGCGCGAGGAGUCGAAGACCAACGAUUUCAGCUCUCUCGACUCCCGGUACCCGCCGCCGAGGCGCCGCCCGUCUCCCCGUACGGCGAUGGCUGGGACCUCCUCUGGCUGGGCCACUGUGGGAUGCAGAUCCAGGGCGGCUCGAACGUCGUGGUGAUCGAAGAUGAAGACACCGUCCCCGAGGCGCAGUUCGUGCGGACCUGGGAUUCCACUGAGAGGUCGCCCCUGGAAGAGUACCCUGCUCACUCGCGCAUCGUGUUCCACACGGACGAUUGUGUGUGCUCGAUCGGAUAUGCCGUGACGCAGAGCGGGGCGCGACAGCUGUUGAACAGCCUCGGUCUCCAUCGCCUUAAUGCCCCCGUGGAUAUCAUGCUGCGGGAGUGGUGCGGAGGGCGGGAAGGGGAUGACCCGCACGUUUGCGUAGGCACGCUGCCCACCGUGUUUGCCUCGCAUCGGCCGGCGGGAUCGACCGCUGGGGACAGCGACAUGGGGACGCCCGCCGACGGGUUCAGAGAUAGAGGCUUCACGCAGAAUAUCCGGUGGAGUGUCAGGAUGAAUAUGGAUAAGAUCGUGCGGGGCGAAACGGACUAUGAGGAUCAGUUCCCUGAUACUGUGAAUGAGCUUGUAGACUAA